GCUCCCUCUGUUUGACCCGUAUUUUCCUCUCAGUCCUGCGGGUGGCUCGACAGCAGAGCUCCACUUCAGACAUAUGGCCGAGAGACCUCACGUUAAAUUCACCUUUGCGAGACGAGUGCAGCUUUAACCGCAUGCGGCCGUAGACUCAAUGCGUAAGACUUCGCGAAACAUAUCGAAAACGACCUAUUUUACUAUACAAAAGUGCGCGGAUGAAUAAGCAGACAAAAAAGCAACACGUAUCCGGUGGGAUUUGAGUCCUGUGAGAGAGCGAGAUUGGAGCGCGAGCGAGCGAGAGAGGGAAGAGUUUCUUCAAAAGUGGAAACAGACACGGGGACGAUAUUUUCCUUUUUCACAAGCGAAGACUAAGGAAUUAUGAGGAACGUUUGGAUGAUAUUAACCCUCGGCUUGACAGCCUUUCUUUACGGGGAAAAGAUAGCAGUCUCUGCGGCCAAAUCCACCUCCUCGACCGAUGACUUAUACCUGGAGGAGGCCGGGUCAGGAGGCUACCCUGAAGAUGACGAUGACUUCACUUCUGGAUCAGGAUCAGGAACUGGAGAAGUUAUUGAGGAAACUGUCACAGUAAAAACAUUGUUCAUCGUGCCUAAAGCAGAGCCCACACAGGACUCCACCAAAGACUUCACACCGAAAGUGGAGACAUCUACGUCACGCGAUGUCCCCGAAGACACAAAGAAACGAGUCAGGAUAGAGGUGGGUACCAGCUGUAAGGACCCAGUUCCAACCACAGAAGACUCGCGUAGAAACCCAGUCACAAGCACCACCAGCCUCCCUCGAUCACACCUGGAAGUCCAGUCGGAAAAUCUCUUCCAGAGGACAGAGGUUUUGGCAGCUGUCAUUGCGGGUGGAGUUAUCGGCUUCCUCUUUGCCAUCUUCCUCAUCCUCCUUUUGGUGUACCGCAUGAGAAAGAAGGACGAAGGCAGCUAUGACCUCGGGGAGAGGAAGCCGUCUGGAGCGGCCUAUCAGAAAGCUCCCACCAAGGAGUUUUAUGCAUAGACUCACUCAUGUACAACCGAGCUUCACCAACCAGAGUGAUGGUCUGUUAUCAGUGACUACGAAAAAAAAUAAAAAAAUCAUACGACAUGACUGAGGAAAAAAAUAAAUAACAUAAAGGAAAGCUUUUGCAUAGAGUAUUGUAAUUAAGACCUUUUCUUUCCUCUUUUUAUGAAAAAAGCAAGCAUUGCUUAUUUUAUGGCAAAUCUCUCUGUAUUUAAACAUUAUUUUCGGUGUAUUUGAAAAGGCUUAAAAGAAAAAAGAAACACAAUCUGUAAAGGUGAGGCUAUCCGCAUCUGUCUUCUGUCAAAGGAGCUGUUUUUAGUCGCGGACUACUUUUUAACUGUAGCAGUAUGUGUUUGUAAAGAAAAUUUUAAAGUGGAAUAAUUGAAUAUAAUUGUUCUGUAUCAGUCCUGACUUCAUUUCUCAUCUUUUUUUGUCCUAGCAUGUCUGAUGUUGAUCAUAAGUGUUUCAUUAAUUUAUCAUUUUCUCGGAUGUUGAAAAAUGCCUUUCUGUAGUUUUCAGAAAUCUGUCUAAUAACUCUUAACGAGUCAAUGUAAAUGUUUCCCUCCAGGUUGCAAUGUUCAUUUUAUUAUUUCACAACAUUU